AUGUCAGCCACCACCACCGCCGUCCCCACUGCUAACCACAACAGCAACAACACUGAACAACAACACCAGCUGCUGCCACCCACCUACAUUGAAGGAUGGAGCAAUUUAGAGACGGUACGCGCAAUUCCCUACCGGCGACUCGGCCGCACUGACAUGGUCGUCUCUCUGCUCACAUUGGGAGCCGCUCAUGUGUCGGCGAAACCGUCAACGGCGGUGCACGCCGACGGUUCAGUGACCGGCACUGAGGAGUCAGUGGAGGCGAUUCACGAGGCCGUCCGCCUCGGCGUCAACCUAAUCGACACGUCGCCCUUCUACGGACAAGGCCUCUCCGAGGUGGUCGUCGGUCAGAUUCAUGACGUAGAGUUUGGCGACAUUGAAAUAAUUCUCAGUGAAACGUUGCCAACGUUGGCCCGUUUGCGUGAGGAGAAUAAGAUUCGCUACAUUGGCAUCACCGGUUAUCCACUUUCAGUGCUCAAAGAAAUCAUUGAACGCUCGACUGACGUGCCAGUGGACACUGUCCUCUCCUACUGUCGCCAUACGCUCUUUGACGAUGAACUGUGCCGGUAUUUGCCCUUCUUUGAAGUACGCAGACUGUUCUUACUGCUAGCAUUAGCAAUACAAUCACUUCCGCCAAACUAA